GUCCCUAAUCUCUCUUUUCGUUCAGCCGUGUAUUAAUUAGGUAGUGUUGAGAUGCCCCUUACCUGUUUGUUAAAAUGACUGAAAGAGAUUUGAAUUUAUUUUCUGUGUAAAAUUUACAAUUCCCAUUAUUAAGUCUCAGUUGUAAACAUAAGUUGAAGCAAUACCGAAAGUAAUGUGAAAUUCACUGAGUUAUUUCCAUAAUAAAUCAUCUCUGAGCCUAUGUUGAUCCGAAUCUCCAAAAAUGUUGUUGUACUCGUGUUAGACAAUACGCACCUGUCGACAUUUUUUGAAAAAUCCAAGCAACACAGCUCUGGGCGGUACUUUUGAACAGGAGAUUGAAGGGGAAGUCAUGUGUUUUGCUAUAAAAUUCAAUUGACUUGUAACUCUAUUUCAUUUAUCUAUAAAUUCUCAAAUGAGGGAAAGGUUAUCAAUGUCUAUGCUCGUCUUUCGUUCUAGGUCAUUAUUUUUCAUGGCGGCAACCAAAUUGAUGACAAUCUCAAUAGCACUCGCUGCUCUUUCUGCAUCAGCAGCAACCAUAGGUGUUGUGUUUUGGAGAAGAAAGACGAGGACUGAUGAGGAGAAAAUCCGAGAGUUGGAAAAAUCUUUGAAGGCUGCAUUGCAAAAUUGCAGUGCUGAGAGGCAAGGUCGCAUUAGAGCUGAACAAGCAUUGAGGAAAGUGGCCAAGUCAAAUGAUUCUAGUGAUUCAUAUCCCUUGUCACCUAUUGCAAUCACUCGGUCAUGCUUCUCCACGAGGAAUGGGACUCCGAGGCAACCUUUGAUUGUACCAGUUGCUAAAGCAUGUCUAGUAUUUGAUCCAACUCGAGUUCCACCUGCAUCUCUUGAAGGUCUUGAAGGCUAUUCACAUUGUUGGAUAAUCUAUGUGUUUCAUCUAAACACGGAUCUUGACAAGUUAUGGAAGCAUCCAUCACGGUCUAAGUUCAAGGCAAAGGUAAGAGUACCAAGGCUGAAAGGAGAAAGGAUGGGGGUCUUUGCGACUAGAUCUCCUCAUCGCCCAUGCCCUCUAGGCCUUACUGUUGCAAAGGUUGAUGUUGUGGAUGGGAAUAAAGUUUACAUAUCUGGUGUUGAUUUAGUUGAUGGAACUCCCGUCCUUGACAUCAAGCCAUAUCUUCCAUACUGUGAUAGCAUCCCUGGUGCAAUGGUCCCCGAUUGGGUAAAGGCGGAUAAUAUGUUAGCUAUCACAUCUGUUAACUUCUCUCACGACUUCUCUGCCUCUCUGAACCAUUGUUGGUCAAGAAAAAUGCAAAACAAGAAGAAAACUGAGAUAUCACUCUAUACAUCUCCUACUGAAUUUCAAAACUUAAUUCAACAAGUGCUGUCAUGGGACAUACGAUCAGUAUCUCAGAGAAUUCGUCCUCACAAGACUGAAAAUAGCAGCACGAAUAAUGUAACACCUGAAGACGAUGACAGUCAAGAGGAACUUCAUUUUCCUGACGAUAUUGUUUACCACCUUAUUUUGGAAGGCCUUGACACCUCCUACAAAAUUGACUAUGACGGCAAUGUUCAUGUUGAAAAGAUUGAACCUUGCAUUCCAAACUGAAAAAAGUUAUGCAAUUUCAUGACAAGAAAAGGCAUAUUGGUUUGUGCAUUACCAAAGCUAGUUAGUUAACUUUUUCAUGUUGUACUUUUAUCCUCUGUAACAUGAAUCAUGUAGGGUACUGCUGGUCUAAACCAACUUCUUUUUUGGAGUUUUACAAUCA